UCCGCGCGCGAUGGUUGAAUAAUUUGUUAAUUUUAUCGUUCGCCAACGGUCGACUGUGCAGUGAUAGAAGUAUGACAACCACGUGAAGGCAUUGUCUAUGCCUCUGUUACUCCUAUGCACACGCGAAACAUCGUUGAACGCCGAGUUGUACUGUGAGCGAAUUAAGUACAACGACAGACACCGAGAUGCGAUUCGACGAUCAACUUUUCGAGGUUCUCGACGCCGAUCUGAGCAUGGGCGUAGGUGCAGCAGGUGGCUCGGUCCUCGGUUUACCGGGAUCAGGCGUGGGUGGUGUUCUGUCUCAGCAUUGUGCGAUCUGCGGAGAUCGAGCAACAGGAAAACAUUACGGAGCCGCCUCUUGCGACGGUUGCAAAGGCUUCUUCCGGCGUUCGGUCAGGAAAAAUCACGUGUACACCUGCAGAUUUAGUAGGAACUGUGUAGUAGACAAAGACAAGAGGAAUCAGUGCAGGUAUUGCAGAUUACGAAAAUGUUUCAAAGCUGGUAUGAAAAAAGAAGCUGUACAAAACGAGAGGGACCGAAUAAGCUGUAGAAGGCCAAGUUACGAGGAGCAGAGUAGCAACGGAAACGGACUCUCCGUGGUUUCUCUUCUUCAAGCUGAGAUGCUCAGCAGACAAGUUGGAGCUGCCCUCGAGCUAGGCAGCCCAGGUGGCGAUAUUGACCUAAGUACGAAGCAAAUCGCCAACAUAAACGAUGUCUGCGACAGCAUGAAGCAGCAACUACUGAUCCUGGUCGAAUGGGCCAAAUAUAUACCAGCGUUUAGCGAGCUCACCCUCGACGACCAAGUGGCACUGUUGAGGGCACACGCUGGUGAACAUCUUCUCCUGGGUGUAGCCAGGCGCAGUAUGCAACUAAAAGAUGUCCUCCUAUUGGGUAACAACUGCAUUAUCACGAAAAACUGUCCUGUCAUAUAUUUUUCCGCAGAGGGUCGCAAUCAGGACCUGGACAUCAGCAAGGUGGGUGUCAGAGUGAUGGACGAGCUGGUGAAACCGCUGAACGAGGUGCAAAUCGACGACACAGAAUUUGCUUGCCUUAAAGCAAUCGUCUUUUUCGAUCCCAAUGCAAAAGGGCUGAGCGAACCGCAGAGAAUUAAGCAGCUCCGUUACCAGAUUCAAAUCAACUUGGAGGACUACAUCAGCGAUCGACAGUACGACAGCCGUGGCCGUUUCGGUGAGAUUCUGUUGACUUUGCCGGCUCUGCAGUCCAUCUCCUGGCAGAUGAUCGAGCAGAUUCAAUUCGUACGGCUGUUCGGAGUGGCGCACAUCGACAAUUUAUUGCAAGAGAUGCUUCUUGGCGGUGCUACGGCCGAGGUGAAUGGCACCGUGACGCCGAUUCCGAUCUCAAACGCUGCUGGUAGUUACGUGAGCAGCAACGAGAGCCCUAGCAGUCCUUUGACACCGGCGAACGCGCCUCCUUUGAGUCCUCAGGAUCACGUGCUGGCCGGAGGAAGUCCUGUGAUGAUCCUGAGGGAUCUAACGCCGAUCCAGAAUCAAGAGGACGUGACCAGCGUGACUGGAUUCAGGAUGUUCAAGCAGGAGCCCAGCCUCGAGAGCGAAUCCAGCUUUUAAAGUGUCCUGGCGAGCUCAAAGGUGAUCAGGAGAUCCUACGAAAAGAGAGUGAAUUAGUUCAGUUCGUUGUUACUACCUAUCUUGACGAUUUUUCUGCUUUCGAGUACUUACGACACGGAUUUAAAGAUGUUGAAGCACGCCAGGAAGAUGGAAAGCAUUAGAGAAACAAAGAAGGUACUAGAUAGAAGCAUUUUCAACGUGAUUAGUGUUAUUCUUCUUUUGAAUCUUUAGACUUCGAAAGGAUUGUUUGAUAUCCGAGAGAAUGUUUGGGGAUAAAGUAUCACAGGAUCGUUCGAACAGUGUUAACGGAAAGUCUAAAUUUAUAUUAAACUUGUGAUCUUUGGACAAUCGUUGAAGAAUCCUCGAGACGUUUUUGGAAAGUAAAAGCAAAUAAUUAUAUCGAAAUGUAAUCGAGAAACGUUAAAAAACGUGUAAAAGUUUCGAAGAUAUUAAGAAUUAUUUUUAUAGAUCGUACAGAAUUUAUGAUACUUGAAAAUGAAAUUACACGUACGUCGAGGAAGUGCUGUUUCGAAUAUUUACGACGAAAGCAGAUCGUAAAAUUUCUCGAAAAUAUUUAAUGAACGAUAGAUAAACAAAUAUUUUCGGAUAGCUUGCUGGAUGUCGCAAGAUCUUCGAGAAAUCGCUAGAAUGAAAGUCGAUUCUCAGAAUUCUCUUCAACAUUACGACGAUUUUUAGUGAUCUUUUUGAACGAUUUUUAAAUGACAGUGGCACGGAUCGAACUUAUUUGUAAGUUGUGAUUUUUUUUUUCUCUCAAACGUUGCAACAAGAGCAACAGUUUCAAAAUCACGGGUUCUCAAAAACCUCGCACUCAUAUUCCGCAUGGUUUGCAUACUGAAAGUACAGUUUUUUAAUACUAAACCUACCGACACUUCAUGUAUAACCAUUCCUACCAUGACCGGUCGAAUGACCUUUCUUUUUCUCUUUUACGAGGCAACGUACAUCGAAUUUUUGCAUUAUAUGUAUAGAAAGUUGUGUUCUGAAGUUUAUUGAAGUUAAAAAACAUAGAAGACAACAUAAAUUAUAAAAGUAGUUAUGAUCAUUGGAUGGGGGAUGAAAUGCCCUUUAAAAUGAGAGUUCGUGAGAGUGGAUAGCGUAAUUAGUUCCCGAGAUA